AUGGUCAACUCUCCACGCAUGUGUAGAAUGAGUGAAUUCCAGACAGGGGCGCAGCAUGGGGCACCAGUGGAUGGGGCUGUGGUUCAUUUUGGUAUGGUUCAGUGGAAGGUGGAUGAUGGGAAAAGGGGUUUUUCACUGGUAACUUAUGCUGAAUUACAUUUAGUCAGCAUUGAAGACUUUGGGGAGUUGAGCUCCCAGACACAUCAGACUGAGUGUGAGAAGCAUAAUUUGGUGGAGCAGGAGGGUGUUGAAUUGGUAAAGCGAAGUUUACUAGGGAAGGAGAAAAAGCUUCCAAUGCAAUGGAAGGGGGCCCGAAUGGGUUGCCAAAGAAGAGCUAGAGUUUUUCUUUCUCUGAAAUACACAAUUUUUGACUUCGGUUUAGAUGUCUGCGCCACUUGCCAUGAACACGCUACCUGCCAACAAAGAGACGGGAAGAAGAUCUGUAUUUGUAACUAUGGAUUUGUGGGCAAUGGGAGGACCCAGUGCAUUGAUAAGAACGAGUGCCAGUUUGGAGCCGCCGUGGUCUGUGGGAACCACACAUCUUGCCACAACACCCCUGGAGGCUUCUAUUGCAUUUGUCUGGAAGGAUAUCGAGCCACGAACAACAACAAGACAUUCAUUCCCAACGACGGCACCUUUUGUACAGACAUAGAUGAGUGUGAAGCUUCUGGCCUGUGCAGGCACGGAGGACGGUGUGUCAACACUCUCGGGAGCUUCGAAUGCUACUGUGUGGAUGGAUUCCUGCCAGAGAACGGGCCUGUGCCUUUCCACCCGACCAGAGAUGCCACGGCAUGCACAGAAAUAGACUGUGGUACCCCUCCUGAGGUCCCGGAUGGCUACAUUGUAGGGAAUUAUACCUCGAGGGUGGGCAGCCAGAUUCAUUACGCUUGCCGAGAAGGGUUUUUCAGUGUCCCAGAAGAUGCAGUUUCAAGUUGCACAGCCCUGGGCACAUGGGAGUCCCCCAACUUACACUGCCAAGAGAUGGACUGUGGCAGCCCUCCAGAAGUGCGGCAUGCUGUCUUGGUGGGGAACCCCGGCUCCAGCCUGGGCAGCGAGGCUCACUAUGACUGUCUGGAGGGCUUUGAGAGCCCUGGAGGAAAGAUCACUUCAGUUUGUACAGAGAACGGCACCUGGAGAGAAAGCACUCUAACAUGCUCAGAAAUAAUGACAGAGAUUAAAGACGUAUCGGUGUUUAAUAACACCUGUGUGAGGUGGCAAAUAAGCUCAGGAAGAAUAAACUCCAAGAUCAUGUAUGUGGUAUACAUAAAAGAACAACGGUUGGAUCCUGUGGAAUCACUUCAUGAGGAGGCAGUCAACUUGACCACGGACAGCAGGACCCCAGAAGUGUGCUUAGACUUGGACCCAGGCACCAACUACACCGUGAGCAUUUCCACAGCACCUCCCAGGCGCUCUGUGCCAGCCGUCAUUGGUUUCCAGACAGCUGAAGAUGCUCUCUUAGAAGAUGAUGGAAUUUUCAAUGUAUCAAUAUUUAAUGAAACGUGUUUGAAAUUGAACAGGCAUUCUAGGAAAGUUGGAUCAGAACGGAUAUACCAAAUUAAAGUUCUGGGUCGAAGGUGGUAUCUGCAUGACUUUUACCAUGUGACAUCAUUUAACUUCACAACGAAGGAAUGCGCUCCGGUCCUGUGUUUGGAUCUGUACCCGACAACUGCUUAUACAGUGACUGUCACUCUACUGGGCUCUCCUGAGCAUCAUUCGCUGCAAGUAACCACAGUGACUGCACCAGCAGCAAAACAGAUCAUCAGCAAUAUCUCAGUGUUUAAUGAGACCUGCUUAAGAUGGCGAAGUAUGAAGACACCUGAACUAGAGGAGAUGUAUUUAUUGCACAUCUGGGGCCAGAGAUGGUAUCAGAAGGAAUUUGUCCAGGAAAUGAUCUUCAAUAUCACGACCAGAAGCCAGGCCCCCGAAAUAUGCUUGGACUUGAAAAUGGGAACCGACUACAAUGUCAGCCUCAGGGCUUUGUCUUCUGAGUUUCCGGUGGCCCUCACCCUGACAACCCAGAUAACAGAGCCUCCCCUCCCUGAAGUAGAACAUUUCACAGUGCAUGGAGGCCCUCUACCACGCCUCAGACUCAGGAAAGCCAAGGAGGAAAAUGGACCUAUCAGUUCCUAUCAGGUGCUAGUGCUUCCCUUGGCCCUCCAAAGCACAUUUUCUUGUGACUCUGAAGAGGCUGAGUCAUUCUUUGGCAACACCUCCGAUGACAGUGGAUACGUGGCUGCAGAACUACUGGCCAAAGACGUUCCAGAUGGUGCCAUGGACAUAGCUGUAGGAGACAGGCUAUACUACGGGAAAUAUUAUAACGCGCCCUUGAGAAUAGGGAGUGAUUACUGCAUUAUAGUACGAAUCACAAGCAAGUGGAAGAAGGUGAGAAGAUACUCCUGUGCAGUUUGGGCUCAGAUAAAAGAUUUUACGUGGGCACUGCGUGGGAAGGAUGCACUACUCCUGGACAGAUGUUCUGACAGCGUCUCAGAGGCCUGAUAGAUGUCCCCUGUGGCUCCCAUCCAGGGGGACAUGGCCCCUGAAACUUUCUCCAUUCUCAACUUGGAUUCAAGAUGGUUGCCAUCUCUUUGGAGUCCUCCAAAAGGAGAAAACUCAGGAAUUCCUGGUGUCUUU